GGCCGCCUGGAAAUCGUGCAGCGGCACAGUACCUGGAUCACAGUCACAUCGUUCUGACCGCCAUAGCUUUGCAAUGAGAGGUGGUAUCGGUAUCGCAGAACGAAAGAAGAGAAGCUCUGCGGCUGUGGAGUCGUGCAAUCAGGGCGCUUACGCUAAGGCCUAUGAUUGGGGCGCAGUCGUCGCAAGAGAAGCAAGGUACAAUUAUCCAUGAUAAUAGAUAUGCUGACGGGAGAAUGUCUCUUCUCCCCAUUCUCUUCUCAGAUUUGAAGGAUCGAAGACCCAAAUCGACCUGGCUCUAUUGUUCUGGGGAAGAUCCUUCGCGGCGCUGUCGAAAUGACAAUAUCGAAGCCACGAGACGACGGCGAGGCAGAGUACGGCCAUCACGGGUCCCAAGCUCACGAAUUUGUGUGCAAGCCACACCCUGAGAAUGUCGUUUUCCCUGUAACAAGAAUGGAUGCGCCGCCAUUCUACAUCAUCCUCACGACCUACCUUGGCGUCCUAAUUCUCAUUGUCUUUGGACGAAUACGAGAUUUCUUUGGCCGCCGCUUCAAAGCGAAUGAGUAUCUCCAUCUCCAGGUCCAGAAUGGGUAUGCGCCACUAUACAGCGACUAUGAUGAUUUCUUCACCCGCCGUCUGAAGCUGCGCAUCGAUGAUUGCUUCGCGAGGCCUUGCAGGGGAGUUCCGGGGAGGUAUUUGUCAGUGCUCGAACGGACAUCGGAUGACUUCAAUAAGCACUACCGCUUGACUGGCAAGACUGUCCAGGCUCUGAACAUGGCAUCGUACAACUAUCUCGGCUUCGCUAGAUCGAAUGAUAGGUGCUCAGAUGCAGUAGAAAAGGUGAUUCGAAGUCAUGGAUUGAGCUACGCCAGCUCACAGACUUGUGUUGGAACUUCAGACCUCUUGGUCCAAGUUGAAACUCAAAUUGCUGCUUUCGUAGGCAAGGAGGCUGCUCUUCUGUGCUCCAUGGGAUUCCAGACCAAUUGUUCAACCCUUCCUUGUCUUGCGGCUGAAGAGUGCUUGAUCCUUUCAGAUGAGCUGAACCACGCCUCUCUUCGGAUGGGUGCUCGAAUAUCGGGAGCGACCAUCCGCUCAUUCCGCCAUAAUGAUAUGAAUGACUUGGAAAGAUCCUUGCGUCGUGCCAUCUCAGGGGGCCAACCAGAUAGUGUCAAGCCUUGGAAGAAGAUUCUCGUGGUGGUGGAAGGAAUAUAUUCGAUGGAGGGAACAAUGUGCAAUCUUCCGGGCAUCGUAGCUCUCAAAGAGAAGUACAAGUGCUACCUCUUUGUGGACGAAGCACACUCUAUUGGAGCAAUAGGUCCUCGGGGAAGAGGCGUAUGUGAUUUCUUUGGUAUAUGCCCCUCCAGGGUAGAUGUUCUCAUGGGUACUUUCAGCAAGUCCUUUGGAGCUGUCGGUGGUUAUAUCGCAGGUGAUAUUGGAUUGAUCUCAAAACUGCGCCUCUCGAGCCCUGACACCUAUUUUGGAGAAGCACCGUCGCCUCCUAUCCUCAAGCAGAUCUCCAGUGCGUUGAAUGUCAUGACCGGACCCGAGGGUGAACAAAGGCUGCGAAGACUUGCAUUCAACUCCAGAUACCUCCGACUCGGCUUGAAGCGGUUGGGGUUCAUCAUAUAUGGUCAAGAUGAUUCGCCCGUUGUGCCACUCUUGAUAUACAACACAGCGAAGAUUGCAGCUUUCUCGCGAGAGAUGCUCAAGAGGAAUAUCGCCACGGUUGUGGUUGCAUUCCCGGCAACGCCAAUGGAGUCGGCAAGAGCUAGACUUUGCUUGUCUGCAGCACACACGAAGGAUGAUCUGGAUAGAGUGUUGAGAGCAUGUGAUGAGGUUGGCGAUUUGCUGCUGUUGAAACUUUCGAGUGGUAUUGGUGGUGGUGCCUCCCUCACAAACCUUGAUACAAGGACGGGCUUUUGGAAGAGAUUUGUAGUUAGGGAGGAUAAGAGACGUCCAAGGUGGCGACUUGAAGAUGUUCUUGAGAGGGGUGUGAGCGACGUGCAGCUUCCUUUAACAUGACCUCCUGUUAUGACGUAAACGAUUUCUUAGAUGGGAGUGGAAAUCCAGUCUCGAAUGUCCAGAAGAGGGGGCCUUGGUAAAUAUUUUCAUUAUGAAGUAUUAGUUAUACAUAUGGACACAAAAAGACUCCAGAGAACUCCAUAGAACUCCGGGCACCCCAA